AAAAAGAGCCGAGCAGAGCUAGGGACUGCAUGGUGGCGUCAGAAACGGCUGCCUUAAUUCAAAGAUAACAAUGGUUGGGAAGGCCAGAUCUUCUAAUUUCACCUUAUCUGAAAAGCUCGAUUUGCUAAAACUCGUGAAGCCGUACGUUAAAAUUCUCGAGGAACAUACCAAUAAGCAUUCCGUAAUAGUGGAAAAAAACAAAUGCUGGGAUAUCAUAGCUGAUAACUACAAUGCCAUCGGAGUAGAUCGCCCUCCUCGCACCGCACAGGGCCUGCGCACGCUGUACAAGAGGCUCAAAGAAUAUGCCAAACAGGAGCUAUUGCAGCAAAAGGAGACCCACUCAGAUUGUAAAAGCAGCAUUUCCGAGCCAACCAAGAAAGUUGUGGAGAUGAUUCCACAGAUUUCCAAUGUGUGUUUAAGAGACAGGAGCGGUGUUCAAAGUGCUAGUAUCGAUAAAGAAACAAUUGCUGGUACCAGUUCACCACAGGCAAUGUUGGAUCACCAUCCUGUGACAGUCACGAUGGAGUUGCAAUCGGGAGAGGACGUGAAACCUCCUCCUUCUUUGAUUAUAGACUCACAGCAAAAUGAGAGCUUAGAGCAAGAGGAAGAACACCAGCUGGUGCGUAUUAUGGAAAGGUCUCCUUCGACAUCAGUAUCGUCAGUUGAUAUGAGAGUGAUGAUGUCUCCCUCUCCUGUACCAAGAAGAGAUGAGUUUUUUAGGCUUGAGGUUGGAGAACGCUUUAGACCAGUAUGUGGUUAUGACCCACAGAUGUUACAAAUGCUGAAAGAAGAACAUCAAAUAAUAUUAGAAAAUCAAAGAAAAAUUGGUCUUUAUGUCCAAGAAAAAAGGGAUGGUUUGAAAAGAAAGCAGCAACUGGAAGAAGAACUGUUGCGAACAAAAAUCAAAGUAGAGAAGCUGAAGGCAAUACGACUACGCCAUGAUCUGCCAGAAUACAGCAAUAUCUAAAUAUUUUAUUACUUCUGUCGUAUUCUUUGACAUACUUAAUAAUGAAUGCUUUGCCCUAGCAAAAUUGCUCCUUAUGUUAAUAUGGAUGGAUCAGAAUCUGGGCUUGAGAGAUGAAAGUGUAUUUUCCAUGUUGUUGUUUAUGUACCUUAGAAAAAUACCGUGUAUGGGUUUGAGUGCACCAAUCUUCUGAAGUGUAAUCAAA